GCGUGAGAGAGAGAAGCAGAGGAAACGAAAGGAGACGGAAGGAAGUUUUCAGACAGGAAAAGAAAAAAUCUUUUUGUUUUUUUUUUUUUCCUGUUCUUUUUAUUCUCCUCUUGUUUCGGGCUCGAGAUCUCGGUCGGAAUCCGAAUCGGUAUCGGAAUCGGAGUUGUUUGUUAUUGAAGAAAUGGCGUUUGUUUCGUUCGUCGGAAGAGUUCUCUUCGUCUCGGUCUUUGUUCUCUCUGCUUGGCAAGAUUUCAAUGAUUUUGGUACUGAUGGAGGAUCAGCGGCCAAGUAUCUGAAGCCGAAAUUCAACGUUUUCACUCGCAAUUUCGAAUCUCAUACAGGGUUGAAUUUCCCAAAAGUUGAGAUCUUACAUCUUGUGGCUAGUGCGAUUGCGUUGAAGGGCCUUGGAAGUCUGCUGUUCAUCUUCAAUAGCUCCAUUGGAGCCUUUCUACUGAUCUUGCAUCAGGCUAUUGCUACACCGAUCUUGUACGAUUUCUACAACUACGAUGUGGAGAAGAAGGAAUUCAACCAACUGUUUGUGAAAUUCACUCAGAAUCUGGCAUUGUUGGGAGCAUUGCUGUUCUUCAUCGGCAUGAAGAACUCGAUUCCAAGGAGACAAGCAGGGAAGAGGAAUCCCAAAUCAAAAACAUCAUAGAUUAUUAUGAUGAAUCAGCUGAGGAGAGGGAGGGCGGCGCAUGUUUUUUUGUUGUCUGUAGGACUCUUUUAUUAGCUUAACACUCAUAUGAUGAUCCUCUUGUCUUUGAAUCUUUCAUUUUGGUUUGUGAUAUGAACUUGAGGAUGUUUUCUUGUAUUUUCGAGUUGGGGAUUAUGUGAUUGUAAUGAAAUUUAUUUCACAUAAAUUUUAAGUUU